AUGGGGACCAAUCCUACCGAAGAGCCAUCAGCUGGCUCAAAGACAGACAUUGUCGACAUCCCGGCCAUAUCUCAUUCAGAAAGCAACCAGGUCCAGUCGAAAUGGAAGUCUGCAAAGCUCGCCGAUGGCGACACUGCGAUGGCUCUAUUCAACAAUCCAGAUGAGUUGCACGAGGACAUUGACCCUGCCGAGGCAAAGAAAGUCCUACGGAAAAUCGAUUUCAUGAUUCUCCCUUACUUGGCUGUCUGUUAUGCAUUCUUCUACAUCGACAAGACAACAUUGAGCUACGCUGCGAUCUUCGGAAUUCGCGAUGACCUCAGUCUCCACGGUACUCAGUACAAUUGGCUGAGCAGUAUUUUCUACUUUGGUUUUCUCGCCUGGGCAUUCCCGACCAAUUUCCUGAUGCAACGACUUCCGAUCGGUAAAUACCUUGGUGCAAAUAUUUUCAUGUGGGGUGUCUUCCUCAUGAUCCAAGCUGCCUGUAAUAGCUUCGAGACACUUGCCGUUCUUCGCGCCUUAGGUGGUGCUGCCGAGGCGUGCUCUGAUCCCGCUUUCAUGUUGAUUACCAGCAUGUGGUAUACUCGUCGUGAGCAACCGGUCAGAAUCGGUCUCUGGUAUACAGCCAAUGGAAUAGGAAUCGCCCUCGGUGGCCUAUUGGGAUAUGGUAUUGGCCAUCUUCGAGGAGCUCUGCCAUCGUGGAAAUACGAAUUCAUUGUGAUUGGUGCUCUAUGCUCCACCUGGGGCAUCGUCAUGUUCAUUUUUCUCCCUGAUUCGCCUGUAACGGCGCGUGGCCUGAGUUUGAGAGAGAAACGCAUUGCCGUUGAUCGCAUCAGGGAGAACCAGACCGGUGUGGAGAACAAGCAUCUGAAGCCAUAUCAGAUUCUCGAAGCAUUCAUGGAUUACAAGCUUUACAUGUUCUUCAUUCUGGGUGUAGUCUGCAACGUUCCCAAUGGCGGGAUCUCGAAUUUUGGCACCAUCAUCAUCCAGGGCUUCGGCUUUUCAACUUUGGUGACAACUCUUAUGCAAAUCCCGUACGGAGCUAUCAUCGCUCUUUCCAUCUUGGCCUGCGUUUACCUGAACGACCGUUUCGAGAACCGCCGCUGCGUUUUCGUUCUCAUCUUCCUUAUUCCGAAUCUUGUCGGUGCUUUUGGUCUUCGAUUUGUACCUGUUGAUCGAAGCGUGGGUCGACUUAUCUGCUACUAUCUGACUGGGCCAUAUAACGCCGCCUUUGUACUUGUACUGAGUAUGCAAGUGGCAAACACCGCAGGACACACAAAGAAGGUUGUCACCAAUGCUGUUUUGUUCCUGGGAUAUUGUACCGGAAAUAUCGCGGGACCGUUCUUCUAUAAGACGGAUCAAUCGCCUACCUAUCAGCUUGGAAUCUGGUCCAUGAUAGUCUCCCACUUGAUCGAGGCGGCACUCAUCACUAUACUGGGCUUCCUUCUUCGGUGGGAGAACCAGAAGCGCGAUCGCAUCCAGUCCCAGAUGGAGGGGGGUCUUGAAGGUAGAGACUUGGAUGCAACUGCUUUCUUGGAUUUGACUGAUCGGGAGAAUUUGAAGUAA